AUGAAAUACAUGUACUGGGAUAGUGAUUUAGAAGCUCGUGCCGGACGGUGGUCAGAAGGAUGUAGGUUUGAACAUCAGAUGCGUGGUUACGGUGAAAAUUUAGCUUUCAUGUCUAGCACUGGUCCUGCACCUAGGCCUCGGGAAACAAUUAUGGACGGCAUGUGGAAUUGGUAUAAUGAGAUCACUUUGUGGUUGGCCAGAAGUCCACGACAGAGGCGAGAAUUUUGUGGAGCAGCUUGUCAUUAUACACAGUUGGUAUGGUCACGAACGAGUCGUGUAGGGUGUACUCUAAGUCAUUGUCCAGUGUUGGUGGACGAUAGAGGAUCGACCUAUCGAAAUGCCAUGUAUUUUGUCUGCUUUUAUAGCCCACAAGGAAAUAUAGUUGGACAGCCUGUUUUCACGCCAGGUCCCCCAUGCACCCGAUGUCCGUCAGGCACGGAUUCUUGCAUAAAUGGUUUAUGUGCAGGUCAAGAUAUAGCGGGGAGAUUUCGUAGAAGUGCAGUUAUUACGGAAUCUUGGAUGUGUCAGUCACCAAAAAUAAAGUGUUCAUCGCCAAAUGUUCCAGAAAAAUGUCCAACAAAAUGCUCAGCAGAAAAUGAAGGUUGAUGCAAAAGGAUGAUACGAUUUUGUCCCAGUUUUGACUCUAAUGCAUAAUUAAUGAUUGCUUUGUUGUCCUUGUAUAUAUGUACAAAAUAUGUAUGUCUAUUUAUGCACAGUCUAGAUAAUACAAUAAAUAUGAUAUAUAUUAGGUUUUACAUAUUACUUCGUGUAAUGUAAGCAAUAACCAUUUCCUGAUAUGACAGAUGUAUGU